UCCAUGUAGUUAUAAUUGUGAAUUUGUAAUUUAGUACUUGUAAGCCACAACUUUAAUCCCAGCUUUCAUGCAGCUGUAAGUGUGGAGACACACAUAUAAUCAUAUAGCAUCUGUUAGGCAUCACAAAAAUAAAACAAAAGCGCGGGAAGUUCUCUUGUGAAAAAUAAAAAUCUUUGUUGAAAUGGGUAUUAAAACACCUCAUCUGUAUCAAGUCAUCCAAUUUUAACACAGAAUGAUCAAGUUAAAUUCAGUGCAAGAAUAAUAGUACUAGAGCAGAUAAACAGGUGCAAAGAAAUUCAAGUGAGACACUAAGCAAUGACAAUGAAACUGCCCAGUAAUUCAGGAGAGAGUCCAGUCAAUAGCCAUCUUACCCAAUUUGCUUGGAAUAAAAUGCACACGCUAUAGUACAAGAACCAUCAGGAAGCUUCCCUGUAAAUUCCACAUGUGAUGAUGUUAUUGAAUUUAAGGCCACUGCAUUAAGACUAGUUAGCUACUACUACUAUUCAUUACUUUAGCAAGAAGUCUAGGCAAAAAGAAAUGCAUCACUUCAAGGGACUCGCAAGGAAGAACCUAGUUUCCUCUGCCUCUGCAGAAAGGCGGAAGAAAGAGCAGCAUUAUUAUUUAAAGAAUGGAAGUUCAGUGCUGAAGGAGAUUCUUGCUUUAUGCGACGGAAAUUGCCGAAUUCCCAUCCGUUAUUUCAGUGCUAUAGAGAUCCAGAGGGCAACAGAGCACUCUGCAAAGAAAAUAAAGCUCUCAGCUCUGGAUUUGGUUACGGGCUCUCUGAACAACCGCCUUGUUUUAGUUCGGUUCAAUGAGCUGAACUUCGAUAAUAUUCACCGAGAUAUAGCAAUUACUGCUCAGAUGAGUCAUCUCAAGAAUGUGCUCAGACUUAUCGGUUGCUGUCUAGAAUUUGAAUCACCAGUUAUGGUGUAUGAAUAUGUUGAAGGUAUAUCUCUUAGAGAUCUACUUUUCAAAAAAGGUAAUCAUGAUGAUCAAACUAGAAGAUCAUUAUUAUCUUGGGGAAAUAGAUUACGGAUUGCCAAUCAGGUUGCUUCUGCAGUCGUUUUUCUCCAUACAGAAUUUACUACGCCCAUCAUCCACAGAGAUAUAAAGCCACACAAAGUGAUAAUAGAUCAGAAUAGCGGUGUUGCCAAAAUGGUGGACUUCUCAUUUUCCAUAUCAUUGCCUCCAGGGAAAAUGGAGGUACAAGCUGGAUUUCUAGGAACAGCCGGGUAUAUAGCUCCUGAAUAUGGCCUUCGUGAUAUUGUUACUCAAAAAAAUGACGUCUAUAGCUUCGGGGUUCUUCUCUUUGAGCUAUUAAUUGGAGAAAGUGUGCACGAUAUUAUCAUGAAUAGAGUGGCAAUUCCAAAAGAGGGGACAAAUUUUGAAAAUCUCACACCCAACAUCGUCGAUAGCUAUUUUACAGAGGGUAAUGUAAUAGAUAUAGCGGAUCCUGCCAUUUUAAAAGAGCGUGGAAUUGAGAUUCGACAACAAUUGGAAGACUACUUGGAUCUUGUUAAGAAAUGCACAGCUUACAAGGGAGAAAAUAGACCAUACAUGAUUCAUGUUGCAAGGGAAUUACGCCGAAUUGAGAGGUGUUACCGUGCCCUCACUCUUGGUCAGAAAUAAAUGUCUGUUUUGAUCCCAUCAUAUUUUUUUUCCCGAAUGUACCGUCAUAGUUAUGUUGAACAAAAAUGAGAUCUAUAGACAAUGAAAUUCCCAAUUUGAUCUUUCCAUGCUCUAUUUGGAUUGAUUUCUCCUUAAUUUUUUUGGUUUACAAGAAAAAAAAAGUGAGAUCAUUUUAAUUUUGUAUUUGUCAAUAUGUUGGGUUGAAUAGAUAGGUUGAAUGAGAAAUAGAGGGAAAAAGAAGUGGAGGGAAAAUGAGUUGUUUCCUCUUGCUUUAUGAAAUAAGCAUUUGUCGUGGUGGAAAUAAAAGUUCUCCUACUUAAAAGUAGAAG